ACAGUACACACUUUAACACUGCGCGCUGACAAGCCCGUCACCAGCGCGCUGUUCUUUCAUCCCUUUCCCGUUCGCCAGACUGCCUGCCUGCCUGCCAGACAGACAGCGGCAGCGGCAGCGGCCGGAGGGCAGAGGUGGAGGCAGUGAAUUGGCGGGAGCCCGGCUUUCUUGCGGACGCUGCCUGAGUUGCGGUGCCCCGCUGCGGGGGCCGGCGCUGGUGUCGGUGUAGGCGCAGCCCCACGCAUCACCCCGGACUGCCUCUGCCGCAAGGAGGGACGCCCGCCCGAGGAAUAAUUCACAACCAUGACAACCGAACCGGGAACAGAUUCUGAAUCAAAGCAGGACCAAGAGCAGAAGGAAGCUUCUGAGAAGAAAGAGACUGUAACUGAGCAACAGGAGAGCGCCGGGAAUCAGCAAGCAGACGGGAUAGACGGGACGCCGGCGGGAAUCAAUACCUCUGAGAAGAAAGAGAAGACUGGUGAAUGUGAGAAAGAGGCAGACGGAGCUUCUGGUAAAGUUACUGUGGGACAACAGGAAGACUACCAGACUGAGGACGACAAGCUCUCCCAAAAAUCCUCUUCUAGCAAGUUAUCCAAAUCUCCUCUGAAAGUAGUCAAAAAGCCAAAGAACAUGCUGUGCAAGGUUACCCUUCUGGAUGGUUCUGAGUAUACAUGCGAAGUUGAGAAACGAGCAAAGGGACAAGUUCUCUUUGAUAAAGUAUGUGGGCAGCUCAACCUUCUGGAGAAAGAUUACUUUGGGCUCACGUUUCGGGACUCUGAAAAUCAAAAGAACUGGUUGGACCCAGCCAAGGAAAUUAAAAAGCAGAUCCGAAGUGGUUUGUGGCAGUUUGCAUUCAAUGUAAAAUUUUAUCCUCCGGAUCCCGCUCAGCUCUCUGAGGACAUUACACGGUACUACUUGUGUCUGCAGCUGAGGGAUGAUGUUGUCUCUGGACGAUUGCCGUGUUCUUUUGCCACACAUGUCUUGCUUGGUUCAUACACGGUCCAAGCCGAACUGGGGGACUAUGACCCAGAUGAGUACGGCACUGAGUACAUCAGUGAGUUUCGCUUUGCUCCGAAUGAAACUAAGGAACUGGAAGAAAAAAUAAUAGAACUACACAAAACCCACAAGGGCAUGUCACCUGCAGAAGCAGAAAUGCAUUAUUUGGAAAAUGCCAAAAAGCUGUCUAUGUAUGGAGUGGACUUGCAUCAUGCCAAGGAUUCGGAAGGAGUUGAUAUUAUGCUUGGUGUGUGUGCAAGUGGCCUGCUCAUCUACAGAGACCGGUUGAGAAUAAACAGAUUCGCCUGGCCAAAGGUUCUCAAGAUCUCGUACAAAAGGAACAACUUUUAUAUCAAAAUCCGGCCCAGUGAAGUAAGUUCAAAUCACGAACAGUUUGAGAGCACUAUUGGAUUUAAACUUCCAAACCACAAAGCAGCCAAGAGAUUGUGGAAAGUGUGCAUUGAGCAUCAUACAUUCUUCAGAUUAGUUUCACCUGAACCACCUCCAAAAAAAUUCCUCACUCUGGGUUCAAAGUUCCGUUACAGUGGAAGAACACAAGCCCAGACUCGAAGAGCGAGCUCCCUUAUAGAUCGCCCAGCACCGUACUUUGAGCGUUCUUCCAGCAAGCGUUACACCAUGUCACGUAGCUUAGAUGGAGCUUCCGUCACUGAGAAUCAUGAGAUGGUGAUUAAAGACUCCAUUUCGGCCUCAGAGGUGGCUACUGGUCAUUAUGGUGCAGCCAAGAGCCUAGUGUCAACGAAUUUAAUAACCACAGUGACACCUGAGAAGAAGGCAGAAGAGGAGAAGGCAGAGGAAGAGGAUAAGAAAGCAAAGACUGACAUUACUCCAUCACUCACACCAGCCAAGCAUGAAAUUAAGAAUACAUUUGUUGGCACAAACUCAUUUUCCUCUUCCUCUAACCCCUUGCCUAUGCACUGUGACUCCCCUAUAUCAUCGAGCAUUCAUAGGAGAUGUAAAGCGAAUGUUUCAAAAUCUGCUGAUGACGUCAAGGUUGAAGAUCCCUGCAGCACACCCCAUUCACAGUUUGACUAUGAUCCUUCAAAGUCAAUUGAUAAGAAAGCAGUGGAUUUAAAAGGAGACCAAGACCCGGGGUCUAGAUCUAGAAAAGGAGGAACCCUGUUUUCAUUCUCCUUGCAUCUCCCAGCGACAUUUUCUUUGUUAGAUGAUGAUGGCUAUCUUUCCUUCCCCAGCUUUUCCGAUGCCAGUUUCUUACCCGAAAGCUUCCAACGUUACCUCCCCAUCCAGUCGCCAUCGCUCGUUCCCUGCUUCCUUUUCAUUUUCUUCUUCCUGCUUUCAACCUCUUUCUCUGUACCGUACGCUCUCACUCUCUCAUUCCCUCUUGCUAUGUGUCUCUGCUAUCUGGAGCCCAGGGCAGCCUCCUUGAGUGCCUCAGUUGACAAUGACCUGAGUGACAGUUCAGAGGAAGAGACUGACAGUGAGCAGACUGACACUACCGGUCCUGCUGAUGGGGAAACCACCGCAGAGUCCGAUCAAGAGGAUGAAAUGGAAUCUAAGACCCAGAGUAGCCUUGUAGAACGAAUCAAAGGUGAAAAUGUAUAUGUCAAACAUAGUAAUCUUAUGUUAGAGGAAUAUGACAAAACUCAGGAAGAGGUGGUUAAGCACCAUGCCAACAUAAAUGAGAUGAAAAGAACAUUUCUGGAAUCUACAGCUGAAAGUGGGCCUGAUGAAUGGGAAAAGAGGUUGUCUGCCUCACCUAUCAGAUCCUUUUCGAAGAAUGAGGAUUUACCCAUGAUUGAACCCCUUGUGCCUGAAGAGCAGACCAAAGCAGACGUUGGUGAGACGCUAGAAAGCAAGCCGGUGGAAAAACAGACUGUUGCCACGUCUGACACUGUGAUGAAAGAAGAUGCAAGAUUAGCAAAGGCUGAAGAUGAGCAUAAGGCAGUGGAUAAGGAGCCAUCUACUGGUUACAGCACUGUGGUGACUAACGAAAUUGUCAUCAACAAAACAGUCUCGUCUCUCCCGGAGAAGUAUGAGACUUCAGUGAUCAAACCGAAGACUGAUGAAGAGCCAAUGUUUACCAUUGCUACAGCUCACUAUUUUACUGAGUCAUCGGGAUCAAGAGUUUUGACAAAGCAGUCUGGUUCUGAAGUAACCUCAAAAAAUGUAGACGUCUCCAAUCUAUUAGAUUCAGCACGAAAACAAAUGGAUGGAAAGGAAUGGGCUUCGGCUUCAUCAUACAGCUGGGUUCAGAAACCGGACGUGGAUUUGGAUGAGGGUUCCAAAGUGGCGCAACAUGAAAUCCUCAAGCAGGAGAAGACCAUGAAGAUUGUGCAGGAAACAAUGGUGAUGGAAAAGAAGCAUGUGAUGAAUGUGCAUGCAAGCGAGGAUGCUUCUGCUCUGCACGCUAAACUGGCAGGAGUUGAGAGGGAUUCCCUAACAGAGGCGAGCAAAGCUCACUCAUCUGGUGAUGCAGGGGGUCUGAGUUCUAUGGUGACUGUGGAAACCAAAGAGGAGCAGAAGGAGGCAGCGAGUCCCAAAGUGGAUCAACCAGUAGCUGAUAUUGUAGAAGGACCACCUACCACCCAAGGGUGGGAGGAGCAGCCUGGGAUGUCAGGCAAACCUUCAGAAAAAUCUGAAGAACAACCUCAGUUCGAGCCACCUGUUGUUAAGACAGAAACUGUCAGCUUUGAAAGCUUAAGUAAAGAGGAUGGGAAAGAAAUUUGCACCAAGGAUGUUCCAGUGGUUCACACUGAGACUAAAACCAUCACCUACGAAUCAGCAAAGUUGGACUCAAGUGUUGACAGUGACCCAGGAGUUCUAAUGAGUGCUCAGACCAUCACCUCAGAAACUUCAAGUACCACAACCACUACACACAUCACCAAGAUUGUGAAAGGAGGAAUUUCAGAAACACGCAUUGAGAAGCGAAUUGUCAUUACAGGAGAUGCUGACAUUGAUCACGAUCAGGCCCUGGCUCAGGCGAUUAAAGAGGCCAAAGAGCAACACCCUGAUAUGUCUGUGAAAAAGGUAGUGGUACACAAAGAGACAGAGAUCACACCGGAAGACGGAGAUGAUUGACCACAGGAGUGACCACAUCUUCACAAAAGGAAGUCAUGCAUACCCAUCAUUAGGAAUGAUUUUGGAAUCUUAAUGGAGUCAUACACAUGACUUCAUUUGUCACGAAUCCAUCCACUAAUGACCUUUCACAUCAAGCGUACUGGAGCACGUUGUAUGAGGACCCUCUCACUAAAUAAGAACAUUGCCAAAAAAACCUUCAUUCCAUCCUAUCCAAGCGACAGUUGAAUAUUGCAUGACUAGAAUAAAUCCUUAUCACAAAACAAAUUAAGAAGAACACAUUUUCAUACCCAUAGAGUAAGGCGUUCACACCACUUAAGUUAUCUUUUAUCAGCACGAUGAAGCAGCAAAAGGUACAUUGGGAGAUGCAUAUUUUAAAAGAAACAGAGAGGAGAUCCUGCCUUUGACAAUUUAAUAAAAAUAUAGUUGACCAAGGUAAUAAGGUAAAUGAUGUGGCAGUAAUUCAUUUUAAUUGUACCUGGUAUCAUUUAUAAACAAGCAACUUUCACCCCAAAGUUGGUGAAACGUUGUUAAUUAUAUCAAGGGAUUAUGUCAUACCUUACAGUAGAUGUGCCAAUGACAGUGUAAGCCCAUAUCUAUUAUCAUACUAAGCAACUUGAAGCUUGUAACUGGAAAUCUUGAUAUACAAUGGUAAUGCCUGUGAAAACAUGAAGAACCUUAAACAGUUUAGAACAAAUUGUUUUGCUGCGUAUUGUGCUUUGUCAGCAUAAUUUGAUGUCACCUAACAGAUUUUUUUAAAGAAAUAUAUAUAUAUAAAUAUAUAUUUGAUUGAUUUUGGUUUUGUUAGAUAAGCAUAUUCUUUUACAUUAGAAUCAAAAGGCCAGUAGGGAGAUCUCUACUGAUCAUAGUUUCCAACAUCCCUUGGAAGAGACUCCAGUGUUCUUUUUCAAGCUGAGUCAAUUUGCUCAGUUGUCUAAUGCUAGUGAAUGUGUCUGUUCUAGAAGGAUUCUCUCCGUUUAUGACCUCUCAUUUUAACUAUGAUGGCAUUGAUUCUUUACAAACACUUUGCAUAGACUUCAUAUUCAGAGCAAAGCCUUAACUUAAACAUAAAGUAAUAGCAAACCCCAUUGAAAGCUUUCAAAUCAUAAAGCAUUUAUAAUUUACGGAAGACCACACAGCUCACUCUAGGGUACAAAAUUUAAACCAGAUUUUCUGCUGCAAUGUAAUAAAUGUUGAAUGUAUGUUUCUUCAUGGUGAAAUAAAAGUGGUAAAAGGCAUAAGGACUCGACUAUCUUAUUCUGUUCAAAACCUCCAGCCUGUAGGAUUUUUAAAAAUUGGGUUUUAAUAUUUUAAUUGGCUUGGAUUUUGUGGUUAUAAUAAGGGCCAAGCUUCAAAGGUUUCAAAGGCUCAAUUUAAUAUCAGAGGAUGUAUACAACCUGAAAUUCUUACUCUUCAGACAUCCACUGAAAUAAGAAUCCUCAUAAAAUGAAUGAUAAAACGUCACAGCCCUGAAGCCUCCCCUACUCCUUUGCAAAAGCAGCAGAAGUGUCUACCUCCCUCCCCCCCCACACUUGUGCCAACAAAAGCACCAACCCUUCCCCUCCCCAUCCUCCCACCAUGCAAGCAACAGCAAAGCCCCCAAAGAGACCUUGAUCCAGAGUCCAUCAAAAACUGCAGCCCAUAAGCCAUCACUUUGGUAUCUCAGACAAGUUUGUUCGUUUUCUCUCUCUCUCUCCCUCCCCCUCUUCCACGUUGCUUCUCCAAGCCCACCAACUCAAACUGACAGGCUCUCACCUUCCAUCAAAAGAGAGAGCGGGGUGGGGUGGGGGUGGAAAUCGCUCGAGUACAGGGACCUCCUUCCGACAGCCACCAGCGAUUAGCAAACACACCACUUGCUGUCUCGAUAUUUUGGUCUCCCAUGACACUUCAGUCAGCGAGGAAUCGGGUUGUCCGCAGGGCCACUCCCCAAGGGAGCACGUCUUCCAGGCCAUUUCAAGAGAUAGCGAAGCACUGGGGCACACAACCGGUCCGAAAACCCACCGCUUGCCAAAAACGGUUCUUCACACCAGAUUUCAUUGUUCCUUGAAAUUAUUUGUCACUUCUGGUAACCACACGCGCCGUUUAAACAUGCAAGUAGUCUGCUUCUGCAUGGGGUGCACUGGUGAGGUUUUCAUAGAGGCAAUCAGCACACUCAGUGAUGUGACACAAAACAACUAUUACUGCACUAUUCUUACUGUUCGAGUGUCAUGUCUUGUUGAAUGAGGUGUAGCUGAAAUUUUAACCUUGGUCUAAAACAAUUACUGCUGCAAAAUCUCUCCCUAGACCCUCCCAAAAAAAUAAUUUUGUACAUGGAACCUAAAUAGUUAUUCCAAAACUUCAUGAUUUUUAAAGUUAUUUUAUGAUUUUUUAUGUUUUACGUGUUAUCUCAACUUCCAGGUUAAUCCACAGUUAUGUCCCACUUUUACUUUCCUCAAUGUAAAAUGUUGAAAAU